CCUCUCCACCGUGUUCUACUACCUUAGCCUGCGAAGCACAGGGACUGGCAACCGGUCAUUCCGGUCUCCCGCGCUUUUUCUCGCUCGAACCUUUUCGCUAGGGAACUUCCAUCCACAAUCAUGGGCAAGGUGAAGAUUGGAAUCAAUGGUUUUGGUAGGAUCGGCCGCCUGGUGGCUAGAGUUGCUUUGCAGCGAGAAGAUGUCGAGCUUGUCGCCGUCAACGAUCCCUUCAUUUCCACCGAUUAUAUGACGUAUAUGUUCAAGUAUGACAGUGUCCAUGGGCAGUGGAAACAUCACGAGCUUAAGGUUAAAGACUCGAAGACUCUUCUCUUUGGUGAGAAGCCAGUGACCGUCUUUGGUGUCAGGAACCCAGAGGAGAUUCCAUGGGCUGAAACAGGAGCUGAGUUCAUUGUGGAAUCCACUGGGGUUUUCACUGAUAAGGAGAAGGCAGCCGCUCACCUGAAGGGUGGAGCAAAGAAGGUGGUCAUUUCAGCUCCUAGCAAGGAUGCACCUAUGUUUGUUGUCGGUGUCAAUGAGAAGGAAUACAAGCCUGACCUGGACAUUGUUUCCAAUGCUAGUUGCACCACCAACUGCUUGGCUCCCCUUGCAAAGGUUGUUCACGACCGGUUUGGCAUCGUUGAGGGUCUAAUGACUACUGUUCACUCUAUCACUGCUACACAAAAGACUGUUGAUGGUCCUUCAAUGAAGGAUUGGAGAGGUGGAAGAGCUGCUUCCUUUAACAUCAUUCCUAGCAGCACCGGGGCUGCAAAGGCUGUCGGUAAAGUUCUUCCUGCGCUCAAUGGUAAAUUGACUGGCAUGGCUUUCCGUGUUCCGACCGUUGAUGUCUCUGUUGUCGACCUCACCGUCAGAUUGGAGAAAGGCGCUACCUAUGAGCAAAUCAAGGCUGCUAUGAGGGAGGAGUCCGAGGGGAAACUCAAGGGAAUUUUGGGUUACACUGAAGAAGAUGUGGUUUCUACUGAUUUUGUGGGUGAUAGCAGGUCGAGCAUUUUCGAUGCUAAGGCUGGAAUUGCAUUGAACGAGAACUUUGUGAAGCUUGUUUCUUGGUAUGAUAACGAAUGGGGCUACAGCUGCCGAGUGAUUGACCUGAUUGUGCACAUGGCAUCUUGCCAGUAAGGGGUGCCAGGAGGGGCAGUACGUAAUAAUAGCGACUGUGUUUUUCGUGUCCGACAGUGUGUGUUUGUGCAAUAAGAGGGAAGCGUGCAAUGAAAAUAAGGUUUGUUUGUAGAACGUUUUUGUCCGGGUUGUCUGAUGGGGCUUCGAAAUGCCCCAGGCUGUUCUACUUUGCAGAGUUUAUACCCUUGUGGAUCUUAUUAUUAAGUUGUUCAA